AUGGCAAUGAUUCUCGCGAGCGUUGCAUUUUGCCACUGUCUCGUAUUUCUUGAGCCCUACGGCCCAAAAUUCACUUCGAAGAUCGUCAGGUCUAUGGGUGUCGCCGAUCCCAGGGUUACCCGGUUUUCCGCCAGAUUAAGCUACGGGGGGUACGUUGUUAUUGGGGUCAGAGCAGGGUAUGCAUUGGAAGAGGUUACAUCGUCUCAAAAGAAGUAG